GACGAAAACGACCCAGAUGGGCGAACGGCCUUGUCAUUCGCAAAGACACACCAGCAGGCUCGAGUGCUUUUAAACCGUGGUGCGGAUGUAAAUGCCAAGGACAAUAAAUCACGCACACCGUUGCAGCACGCAUUAGUGGAGAAACGAUUCGAAGUCGUACCAGUCCUCCUGGAUUGGAAAGCAGACUUCUCAUUCUGGGAUGCGGCAGAAAAUACACGCGAUGAUAUUGGGCGUACACCAGUCUCCUAUGCUGCUAGUGCCUCCCAACUGGGCGUGGUCAAGCUACUUUGCAGUUUGAAAGAUAUCAAUCCUGAUUUGGCAGAUAACCUUGGACGGACACUCCUUUCCUGUGCCUGUCAGACUGGCUUCAACAAGAUGGGUGAGAUAGUUCGACUGUUACUU